AGGGCUUACAACACAAGAGGAGAGGUGCACGAGUUUAUUCGUCAAGUGCUCGCCCUCCCUUUCUUGCCACCAGAGCACAAAGUCGAGACAUUCCACCAUUUAGAUCGGCAUGUACAGACGGACUUGCUCGAUUCCCUCAUGGAAUACGUGUGGCGCCAGUGGCUGAAUAACCCCACCUUCCCUGUUCGGAACUGGAGUGUGUUCAUGCUCUCUAUUCGCACCAACAAUGAUGUAGAGGGGUGGCACAACAGGCUCAACAGCAGAGUUGCUCAAAGAGGUCCUGUUCCCUUCUACUUAUUGUUGGUGGAAUUACACAAAGAGGCAAAACAGAUCCCCCUCCAGGCAAAGUUGAUCUCGGAAGGGAAGAUGGUCCGCAUCCACAAGAAAAGGACAACACAUGUAAAUGGAAAGCUGUUUGCUGCAUGGAAGCAGUAUUCAGAGGGAGAAAUGACCACCAGUCAGCUUUUGCGGCGUUGCGCCAAUGUGUAUGGACCCAGUGAUUAGACUAUGAUCCUUUAAUUCUGAUAUCAAUCUAUA